GGUUGUAGUUUAGUUGGCAGGGCUGUGUUGGUAUGAUGGCAGUUGUUCCAGCUCAGUCUCUUCGGGUCUCCGAAAUAAAAGACCCGACGGUGUUGUUCGAACGCUACAACACCGAAGAGAUCCGAACGAUAGAGCGCCGGGUGCGCGGUGAAAUCGAGCAGAAAAAGGAAGAACUUCGUCAGAUGGUCGGCGAGCGCUACCGGGACCUGAUAGAUGCAGCUGACACCAUCGGCGAGAUGAGGCAGUGCUCAGAAAGUGUCGUGAAAUCUAUCCAGAACAUGUACACCUUCUGCAACAAGUUAAAACAAACCAAAACAUCGCCCCAGGUGAACAGCAAGGAAGAGAGCCAUAAGCAGUCCCAGGAGAAGUUUUACUGCAUGGCGGCUCAGAUCAAGCUGCUCCUGGAGAUCCCAGAGAGGAUUUGGAGUUCCAUGGAAUCCUCGCAGUAUCUCCAGGCAACCCAGCUCUACCUGCUGUGCUGCCACCUGCACAGCCAGCUCCACCUGGAGGGCGGAGGACCACACUACAGCCCGGUGCUCACACGCUUCCCCAUCCUGGUCAGGCAGGUGGCUGCGUUAGGACACUUCAGGUCUACGAUCCUGCUGGACAGCAAGUCUCUGCUGCGUGGCCGCGCGGUGUCUGACCAGGCGAUAGCGGAGGCCCUGGUGUCCACCAUGCUCCUGGAGGACAGCUCCCCGCGACAGGCCCUCGCAGACUUCCUCCUGGCACGCAAGGCCUCCAUCCAGCAGCUGCUCAACCAGCCACAGCACGGAGCGGGCAUCAAGGCCCAGGUGUGUUCCCUGGUGGAGCUGCUGGUCACCACGCUAUACCAGGCCUACGCCGUCUUCUACGUGCCCCCGGAGGGCCGGCUGGCGGACACCGGGAUGGGCUGCGGCCUGCUCUUCACCACCCUGGAGAACGCCACACAGCCCACCUCCGCUGCUAAAGGCAAGAAGGUGCUGCAUGAGGACAUGAGUGCAGGGGGCUGGCUUAAACACCUGCCCCCCUCGGUGACGGACUUCCAGCCCACCCUGCGCACCCUAGCCCAGCCCAUCCAGAGCGAGCAGCUGAGGGACACCCUGCAACAGUGGAUUGACACGUGUAAGGAGGACAUCCGUUGCGGUGUGAGCAGCCUGCUGGUGUUCGUGAAGAGCCUGAAGGGUCUGGCCUCCAUCAGGGACGGCGUGUGGGAUCUGCUGUCCUCCGACUCCAUCCAUCAGCACUGGGCCAGCGUGUGCCAACGCCUCCUGGACAAGCCCCUCUCCCUCUGGGAUGACCUGCUCCAGCAGCUCUUCCUAAACCGCCUGCAGGCUAUCAGCCGUGAGGGUACUGAAGGCAUCUCCACCAGCUGCAGGCAGCUUUUAUCCUCUGCUCUGCACGAUCUGGAGACUCAACCUUCAUCAGGCUCUCUCUCCUCCUCCUCCUCUGCCUCUGCUAACGCGGGAAGCUUCAGCCGUGGUGCCCAGUUCGAGAGCGACGUGGCGGCCUUCCUGUGGUCGGAGUCGGCGGGAGACCUCCAGAGCGACACGGCCUGGGUGAGCGUGGCCCAGCGCGGGCAGCAGCAGCAGCAGCAGAAGAGCGGCCUGUCCAUGAAGACCCAGGCCCUGACGCCCUGCGUGCAGAGCUUCUGCUCCGCACUGGACGCCAAGCUCAAGACCCAGCUGGAUGACCUGCAGCACUACUUACCUGCCAACAAGAACAACGGCAAGGACGCCGCCGUCUCUGUCACCUCCUCCUCCUCCUCCCUCUCGGCGAACACCUCCAUCUCACCCUCGUCUGCCUCCUCAUCGGCGUUCAACCGUUUCCGGGACACGGGGUCGGUGGAGGAGACGCUGAGGGAGCACUGCCUGGCGUGCGUACGCGGCAUCCUCACCAACGUGCGCUCGGAGCUGGCCUCUGCCCAGGAGAGAUGCUCCACCUCCACCUCUACUUCCACCUCCACCUCCACUGCAGCGUCCUCCAGCUCUGGACCUCGUCGCCUGGGCUCCGUGCUCUUCAUGGCCCGCCUGUGCCAGUCCAUGGGCGAGCUGUGCCCCAGCCUCAGACACUGCAUUCUGGGUAAACACCAGGCCGCAGCAGCAGCGGCGGCGGCGGACGUCACGCCAGGCAGAGGCACGCCCAGGCAGGGCAGGAAGCUGGGGAAAGGGGGAGGGGCUAAGGCGGUGGAGGUGAGCCCGGCUCAGGCCAAGUGGGCGGAGUUGAAGGAGGAGCUUCUGAACUGCAGCAUGGAGGCCUAUCGCAUCUGGAGCGGAGCUCUGUCUAAGACUGUGGUUGGCAGCUUCUCUGCGGCUUUGCACAGUGAGUCGGCGGGCGCCAUCUUGGGCACUGCCACCAAUUGGGAGGAGCUAGAGAUCCAGGAAGAGGCGGAGUCAGGAAGCAGCGUGGUGUCAAAGAUCCGCCUCCCUGUUCAGCCCUCCUGGUACGUGCAGUCUCUGCUGUUCCACCUGUGUCUGGAGGUCAACCGGGUCGGGGGUCACGCCCUGCCCAAGGUCACGCUGGUGGAGCUCCUGAGGGGGUGCCUGGAGCAAGUGCUGGGCCAGUACGAGACGCUCACACAGAACUGCAAGAGCAAGGAUGUGGGCUUCCUGAUGACUCAGAACCGAGCGCUACAGCUGCUGUUUGACGUGCGGUACCUCAGCACAACGCUCGGGGCACGGCUGGAGGAGGGCAAGAGCUCUCGGAGCCAGCAGGAUCCCAGGGUCCAGGAGGUGUGCGACUCUCUGGAGAGCUACAUUGACCCCUUUGACCUUGACGUUUUCACUCCUCACCUGAACAGCAACCUGAACCGGGUGUCACAAAGAACCUCAGUUCUCCUAGGACUCCUGGCUGGCCCAGAGAAGCAGUUCAGUUCCCGUGGCAACUCUGUCAACACCCAAGAGCCUUAUAACAUCCUGCCGCUAGCCAGCAGCCAGAUCAGGUUUGGGUUGCUGCCUCUCAGCAUGACUAACUCCCGCAAAGCCAAGUCUGCAACACGGGGGACGGACAUCAUUAGACCUCUGGUAACGCCAGCCGCAGCCCCCGCCCCUGAAGACACCUUCCGACCCGGCAACCUGUUUAGACAGCUAGCCAAUCAAGAGGAGGAACAGACCACUAGCUCCUCCCUCUUUAAACUGGGCUGGCUGUCCAGCAUGUCCAAGUGAUGACUAUGACGAUGAUGAUGUUUUACAUUGUUUGAAGGAUGUGGGUUUUUAAAUGUGUAUAAAGGCUGUAUAAAAUAAUAUAUAAAUACAUUUUGAAGUAUUAACAA